CUCCGAUUUGUGCUCCAGUCGAGAGAGUUGGAGCAUCAUAUCGGAUCCCCAUUUGGGGGAAAAAGAUAGAGAGUUGAGAAGAGAAGGGGCAGGGGCAGGGUAUCCUAGGGCCGGGCAUAAAAUCCAAUCAAUUAAGCAGAAAUGGAGGCCAAAAUCACCCAAUUAUUUGAUUCCGUCGUCACCUCUUUCUUCAACGGCGCCGGCGAUCAACUUCCAUGGUCCUCUGCUGAUUCUAUCCGCGCAUGUGAAAGGGAAGUUGCAGAUGCUAUCAAGGAUUGGUGUGAUGAUAAAGUGAGGAGUGAAAGCAUCAUGCGCUUGUCUUGGGCUCUUGUCCAUUCUAUUAAACCACCCGAUGUACAGCGCGGCAUAGCUAUGCUUGAAGCUUCACUGACCAAGAAGAAUAGCCCUCCACAGAAGAGAGAAAUGUGUUACCUGCUGGCCGUCGGGUAUUACAGAAGCGGGGAUUAUUCAAGAAGCAGGCACCUUCUUGAUCAAUCUUUGCAGAUUGCACCUGAUUGGAGUCAGGCCCUCUCUCUUAAGAAAGCCGUAGAAGAUCAGAUUACAAAAGAUGGUGUGAUUGGAAUAGGCAUCACUGCAACCGCGGUUGGGCUACUGGCUGGGAUUAUCGCACUCGCUCGAAACAACUACUGAUCCCAUUCCCAUUCACUCUGUCAUAUCACCUUCCCCUGCUUAACUAUCAACUUAUACCAUUCCCAUUGGUUGAUCAGAUUCAUUAUUUUGUGAUUAAUUUUCCAGUAAUUAAUUAUAUAUAAUAAUAUUAUCAAUUUUUGUGAGAUCAA